AUGGACAAUAUUUCAUCGUUGAUUAGACACUCUGGUAUUUGGAACGACGAGAAUAAAUACGUCAAUUACAAAAUCGAUGCUGUGACUUUCAAGGAGUAUUCGACGUAUGAGGAAUUGUUACAAACAGUUGCAACCCAAUUGAAUUUGGAUAAGCAAAUGAAAAACAUAAACAUAAAAUACAUGGUUGAAGGUGAUGAUAUUCCAAUGGCAAUUCACAAUGAUAUGGUUGUUAAGGUGUAUGUGGAACUGAAGAAAGAGAACAAAGCAUUACCAAUGUUCAACUAUUGUGCAAAAAGGAGUAAUGCAAUAAGCUACACACUUGUGUGCGUAUCAGGAGAGUGUGAUUGGAAAUUCAGGGCGUCAAGUGUAGGUUUUGAUUAUUGUCGGCCAAUUGUGGUAGUUGAUGGAAGCCACUUUAAAACACCAUACAAUGGAACAUUUGUCUCGGCAAGCACAUUGGACGGUGCAGGCAACAUACUUCUCUUAGCAUAUGGUGUGAUUGAUUCUGAGAAUGACAGAUCAUGGACGUGGUUUUUUGAGCGUUUCAGAGAAACAUAUGGAAUUAGAGAGAAUAUGUGUAUCGUAUCAGAUAGGCAUGAACGUAUAAACAAGGUUGUUUGUAGAAUUUAUCCAGAAGUUGCACAUUAUGCAUGUAUAUGGCAUCUGUGGGGUAAUGUAUGUAAAAAAUACAAGAAGAGCCAUGAUGUGCUGAGUCCUGUUUUUUAUUCCAUGGCAAAGGCAUACACGCAGGAUGAUUUUGAUGAGUUGAAGGGGAAGGUUCAAAAGGUAGAUAUGCGCGUGGCAGAGUAUUUGGAAUCGGCUGGUAGAGACAAGUGGGCUAGAUUGUAUGCAUUUGUUAACCGAGGGUGGAUAAUGACUUCUAACAUAGCAGAGUGCAUUAACCGACAUCUUCUAGCAGCUAGAGAACUGCCUAUAUAUGACUUUCCUGAAGAAGUAGAACCGUCAACCGAAUUCGUGUACACAGUACAUGAUGGAGGAAGGCGAUUCAUUCUUAAUUUGAAUAGAAAAACUUGCAGUUGUCGUAUGUUUCAACUAGAUGAAAUUCCCUGCCCGCAUGCAUGGGCUGUCAUUAAAAAGAAAAAUCUGGUUGCUGAUGAUUAUUGCUCUGAUUUGUUUAAACCGAAGACCGUGUUGAAGACAUAUGAUGUACCUGUGGAUCCUCUACCCGACGAGCGUGAAUGGAACAUUCCCAAAAACAUCUUGGAGGAUGUGAUUUUGCCACCAAGAUACAAGAGACUGCCUGGUAGGCCAAAGAAGAGGCGUGAUAAGCCUUUAAGUGUAUUGUUGUUUGGAAAGAGCAGACAUGCUUGCAGUACUUGUGGACAACUUGGGCACAACAGACGUUCAUGUAGUUUUGAGCCUCUAAGGAAGUGA